UUACUGCCCUCCUCUGUGAUCAACUCUCUCUGUUAUCCUCAGUCUCUCUCAUUGCCUACUCCCCCGGUGAUCCACUCUUCUCUCUCUGAGAUCCUCGGUCUCUCUCACUGCCCCCUCCCACUGUGAUCCACUCGCUCUGUCUGAGAUCGUCAGUCUCUCUCACUGCUCCCGCCCCCCGUGAUCCACUCUCUCUCUCAGAUCUGCAGUCUCUCUCACUGCCCCUCCCCCGGUGAUCCACUCUCUCUCUCACUGCCAUCCCUGCUGUGAUCCACUGUCUCUCUGAGAUCCCCACUCUCACGGUGACUGACCGCCUCAGAAGCUGCAUUGCCUGGUUUUCUCCGGAUGUGAGGGCGGACCGAACCCGUUCUUUUCUAGUGUGUUGAUCUUAUUGUAUGAAUACAAGUGUGCAUCCUACUCGUAGUAGUACAACGGAAGCAGCAUUUCAGAUGGCUGCACAUUGCAUAAAGAAACUCGCUCUCCAAACUACAACAGGUUACGCAUGUUGGUAUUUUUGUAAUGAAAGUUCAAGGUAUUUUAACACACUGUUGAUACAAACUGUGGCAAAAGAAAUGACAUCUCAAUCCAAACGCAACACACCUUACUGGAAACUAGGCCACCAGAUUAAACCUGUAAAAGCUUUUAUAACAGCUAAUGAAGGUGAAGGAGAGCCUGAGAAAGCACAACACAGGGAAAAAAAGGAUCCAAAAGCACGAAAAACAAUAGGAAGCGUUGGAAGAAAGAUUCACCACCGCAUCAUUCACGUGAUAGAUGAAAAUGGAGAGAACCUGGGAAAUUUGCACAGAGCUGAUGUUAUUCGAAUAAUGGAUGAGCGUGGAGUCAAGGCUGUACCUCUCAGGGAAAAUGCAGACCCUCCAGUGUACAAACUAAUGACAGGAAAGCAGAUUCACGAUGAACAAAUGAAACUCAGGGAAAAACGAAAGAAUGAGCCUAAAACUGGACCUUGUCAAAUCAAGGAACAGACGUUCUCAGCAGACAUUGCAAAGCACGACCUGCAAACAAAAAUAAAGCAGAUCCAGCAAUGGAUUGACAAGAAGCACCAUGUUCGGAUUACUGUUAGAAAAGGAGCUGCAAUGGACAAAGCAGAUAAGAUGGAGAUAUUGCUGGAUCAAAUUGUUCAAUCCAUGCCUGACAAAGCUACCUAUGUAUUCAGGCCAAAGGUCAUUAAAGAAGGUAAAGCAGCGAUGUGCAUUCUACGGCAUCUCUCUGACAAAGAAAUGAACGCGCACAAAAAGGAUCAUGGACAACAGAGUGACGUUCCAAACUUUGCUGCAACACAAAUAGAAGGACUGCCACUGGGGAACACAAAAGAGAAAAAAAUACAAGUCAAGUCUGACGGUCAAGGAGAUUACAUAUCUGAUGUGAAAAGCUGAUUUUCCCUGCGCCCCCAAAUCUAAGCCAACAUUUCCAUUAGAGAUUUCAGUUUACAUUUAAUGUUAGCUAAUCAUGGAAAGAGUAUAUCCUUUUGUAUAAAUAUACACAGUUUACUCAAGCCAGACAGCAGUGCAAUUAUAUGUACAAUGGAAACAAUUCUUGAUGAAGUACUUCAUCUUGUUUUUAUCUACCAGCAGUUUGACACAUUAUCAGUCGUUUAACAGCAGAUCUGUUAAGAAACCAACAAAAAGGUCUGCUGUCAUUUGGGUAAUUGGUGAUAAGUUUGGUGAUGGGGUUGGUGAAGAGUAAAAAAAAGGCUACUUUUUUUUGGGAGGUGGGUGGCAACAUGGUGGUGAGGAAAUGGGUUGCAAGGAGAGUCUACCUGCUGAGGUGUGAGGACAGCCAGGAAAUUGAGUUCAUGCAAGUGAACUUUCGAAUGCUAUUGUUUCAACAGUAUCAGGUCAUUUACUAAAUUAUAUACUUACCAUCGGAGGUCUAGCUUGUAUAAUGGCAGCUGUCUCUUAAGUGUUGAUCAUUGUGAUGAGUUAGGUAGCUAAAGUAUUGAUCUUCUCAUUUAAAGGAGCAUUCAUAAAAAUGCCUGUUUGUUGUUUUGAUAAUAAGAAUUUCCAGUGCAUUCUCAAAUCUGCUCCCCAAUCCAGUGAUAUUUUAAUAAAAACAGUAAGUGUUAACACUAACA